GGAGGCGGCCGCUGCAGCGCCCCCGGCCCGGCCCGGCCGCUCCGGGAGGGGCCAUGGUGGGAGCGACAUGAGCCCCGAGCCGGAGCCGGAGCCGCCGCCAGCCCGGGCCCGGGCGGCCAACAAGGAAGAGGAGGAGGAAGAGGAGCCGCCGCCGCCGCCGCCGUCGUCGCGGGAGGGCGGCGGCGGCGCCAGGUGGGGCGGCUGCAUCAUGCUGGCAAGGAGGGUCGGCCUGACGGCGGGCUGCUGUGGCUCGCAACAAGGUAUUGGUCGGCCAAGUGUGUACCAUGCAGUGGUGGUCAUAUUUCUAGAAUUCUUUGCCUGGGGGCUCCUGACUACUCCAAUGCUAACGGUCUUACAUGAAACAUUCCCCCAUCAUACAUUUUUAAUGAAUGGUCUUAUUCAAGGUGUUAAGGGUUUUUUGUCCUUUCUCAGUGCUCCCCUAAUAGGUGCUCUCUCAGAUGCUUGGGGAAGAAGAUCUUUUCUUCUUCUUACAGUUUUCUUCACCUGUGUCCCAAUUCCAUUAAUGCGAAUAAGCCCAUGGUGGUACUUCGCUAUGAUUUCAGUAUCUGGAAUCUUUUCUGUUACCUUUUCUGUAAUAUUUGCCUACGUAGCUGAUGUAACACAAGAACAUGAAAGAGCUACUGCCUAUGGACUGGUAUCUGCCACCUUUGCAGCAAGUUUGGUAACUAGUCCUGCUAUUGGAGCAUAUCUGUCUGCCAGCUACGGAGAUAGUCUGGUUGUACUAGUGGCCACGUUGGUGGCUGUUGUGGAUAUCUGCUUCAUCCUGCUAGCUGUACCAGAAUCUCUGCCGGAAAAGAUAAGACCUGCUUCUUGGGGAUCUUCUAUAUCGUGGGAGCAGGCAGACCCUUUUGCAUCUCUGAAGAAGGUUAAAAAAGAUCCUACAGUUCUUCCAAUCUGCAUUACAGUGUUGCUCUCAUACCUGCCUGAGGCUGGCCAGUAUUCUAGUUUCUUUCUGUACUUGAGACAGAUUAUAGGAUUUGGAUCUGCUAGCAUUGCAGCAUUUAUAGCUGUGGUGGGCAUUCUAUCCAUAAUAGCUCAGACUUUGUUUCUCAGUAUCUUGAUGAGAUCUAUAGGCAACAAAAACACAGUUCUCCUUGGCCUUGGCUUUCAGAUAUUUCAGCUGGCUUGGUAUGGAUUUGGAUCUCAGUCUUGGAUGAUGUGGGCAGCAGGAGCUGUAGCAGCGAUGUCAAGCAUUACAUUCCCAGCAAUUAGUGCUCUGGUUUCACGAAAUGCAGAGGCAGAUCAACAAGGUGUUGUCCAAGGAAUAAUAACUGGAAUAAGAGGACUGUGCAAUGGCCUUGGACCAGCACUGUAUGGCUUUAUUUUCUUUCUUUUCCAUGUGGAACUCAAUGAAUUGCUACCUGAUAACACUUCUGAAAUAAAAACGAAGCAAAAUCCCAGUGAUAAAAGAACGAUCGUUCCUGGUCCACCUUUCCUGGUUGGAGCGUGCAUUGUUCUUCUGGCUUUUCUAGUCGCCUUAUUUAUUCCUGAGAGCAGCAAAGUCAGCAGCACCAAAAAACACAGCAACAGCAUCAGCAAUAGUCUGAGUAACAACCUAGACCAAAGUAAUGAAGAGGACAUUGAACCAUUGCUGCAGGAUAGCAGGGUAUGAAGGCUAGAUUCUGGGGGGACUGUAGAACAAAGUCAUGCACUGAAAUGUGUCUCUGGAAGCUUGGUGGGAGGUACAGAAUAUCUUGCCUUUGAGGGAAAGGCAGCUGUGACAGGAGGCCACUUGAUCCUUGAGGUUGAUGUCAAACUUGCAGGAGUGGUGUUUUAGGACAGCAGGUCACAAGUUGGUGUGAUUCUACCCAAUAUUGGACUGCAUCAAAUUCCUAUAUUGUGUAGAAACCUAAAUAUAUAGAAGAUUUGUUUUAAAGUUUGAAUGUUCAGUUCCAAAAUUGCAAGAUAAUGUGAAAUAAACAGGUUUGAGCCAGAACAAUUUCUGCCAUCACUAUUACAGCUUGUUUAGCAUUUCUUAUGCCUUUUGUCUGCAUGUAUGGCACAUGUAGUCUUCAUGGUAUGGGAGGCACUGAUCUCUGUAGUUCUAGUACCUGAAAUACUGAUAUCAAUGAAAUUCUCGAAUAUUAUUUACUAACAGGAAGUCCAGUAGUUGCCAGAAAGAAGUGAUGAAACCAAGGUAGCAAAAUUUUGAUUGUGAUCACACAUGACARUAAUUACCCAUAAAUGAAGGUCAUACAGAAACCCUAAACCCGCAUUCUGGAAUAAUCAGUUUUGUGCACUUAAAUCAAAUCCAGAUGCCAUCAGGUCAGAUGAGAGCCAGGUCCCAUUAAUGUUUUGCUUGUAAAAAAUAAUAUCUUAAUUUUAAAUGAGCAGUGUCAGAAACAUAGACACUUCUGACUUCUGAGUGGGUGCCAGAGUAGUUUACAUCAUAAAAUAUAUGUAUGUACUGCAUUUUGUCACUUUAUCUGCCAUAUAAACUAAUUUUUCCUAUUAAUUCCUUUCACCCCUGCCUUAACUGCUUCUUAGUGUUCAGUUAUUAAUCAUAUUUAGCCUUCAUAUCACUGUCUUACCUGCUGAAUAUCAUGGAUAUAUUCAUAUCAAAUUUUCUUUCUGAAAGAUGCUUCAGAGGAGUUUUGAAURGUUACAAAUGUGCUAAUUUUUAGAGACAUUUUAUGAAGAAUCCACAGAUUUAUAUGUAUUUUGCUGCAGUGUAAAUGGACUGUUAAACCCAACUUUAAUGGAAUACUUCUAUGAAUGUUUUAUAUGUAUGCAAUAUAUGUAGAUAUUUGUAAGGAGUUUUAAUUUUUCCAGAUGGGGUGCUGUCUAAAUCAUGUAUUUAUAAAUGUAAUGAGGGUACAGACAGUUAUACGGUUUUUUAAAAGGAUUGUGUAUUGACUGAACUGAAAUUUUAAAAACAUAUAUUUUGAAACUUGUUCCACAUUGAGCACAGAUAAGAAACCUUUUGUACUAUGCAGUUUGGUUUUUAAGUUAAUGAGCUUCCUAAUGCAUAAUAAAUAUAUAUAUUAAGCUUUCUA